CAUUCUUCUUCUUUAAAACACUAUUUUGGUUCUUCUAAAACAGUUAUAACCAUGUCUUCUCAAGAGCUUGAUCAUUGGAAUAAUGGUGUUCAUUUUUUCAAGAUUAUUCUUGAAAGUAUCCUCCAAGAAGAAAAACUGAGAGUUCCUAUAAGUUUUGUGAGAAGGUAUUGGAAAGGAAUAGAAAACCCAGUUACCCUAAGGCUACCAAAUAUGAUUCAAAAGAAAGUUUUUUGGGAGAAAAAUAGUGAUUAUGAUGUUUUGUUUUGCAAGGGUUGGAAAGAAUUUGCAAAUUAUUUAUCUAUGGGUGAUUCACAGCUUUUGGUCUUUCAAUAUCAAGAAAAUUCUCUCUUUAAUGUGAUUGUAUUUGGAAAAAACGGAUUAGAAAUUAAAUAUCCUGUCAUAGAGAUUAGUGAAGAUUCUAUUGAGAUUGAAGCUCGUAAAAAUUCUUUGGGAAUGAUUGAAGAUCCUUCACAAAAGAAUGGAAAACCUUGUGAUCUUAUAGAUGUGAGCUAUGAGGACAAUGAAGAUUUGAAGGAGAGAAGUAGGGUUUUGUAUGACAAAGUGAAGAAUACAUUUCACUCUAAUAAGGACUUCUUCAUAUGCAUGAUUCAAAAGACAUACAUUGAAAGAGAUCUCUUGGGCAUACCAAUUGAAUUUGGUAGGAAAUUUUUGCGUGGAUUACAAGGAAAAAAUGUUACUCUUUUUGUUAAUCCCAAGAAAACAUGGAUUGUUAAUUUGAAUCUCACUUCAAAGCAUCAAUAUACACUAAGUGGUGGAUGGAGAAAAUUUCGUGUCGAUAAUAAUGUAAAAUUCGGCGAUGUUUGUGUUCUUAUAUUUAAUAAAAGCAAAGGAAAAAUUUCAUUUAAAGUUACUAUUUUCUCUCUAGAAAAUGACAUGUGAAGGGAAUAGAAAUAAAGUUUCAGCGCAAGAUUUGACUAUUGAAGAAGAAAAUGGUAAUGAGGAAAAAGCUUUUAAAUCAGACUUAUGUUUCUCAUUUCAAAUUACAUGGAUUGAAAUUGCUUUAAACAAUUUUGAUUAUGAAUAUGUUGGUCAUUUGUUUUGAUUUUGAAUUA